UUGCCCCCUCCGCUCGGGAAGUUCUGGGAGCGGGGAAACCGGAUGCUGGGAGUGAGCCGCCCCUCAAGGGUUGGCUGAGUUGCUAGUCCCUCUUCGCUGCCGCCGCCGCCGCCACCCCCGGCGGCCACCCGGACUGGUUUAGGACUGGGGGAACCCUCGAAACCGAACUUUUCUUCUUGUCGGUCGUUUGGGGGCGUGUGCCAGUGUCGUGGAGCCGCAGUCCCUGCCGAGCCACCCUGCCCACCAGGGGAGGCAGUGCUGUGGGCUCCGGCAGACCCGCGCUCGGCAUGCGCUCGUGUCCGUGCCGCCUUCGGCCUGGGACGCGCGGGCGAGGCAUUGGGCCGGACAGACCCGCCCGUAGGCGGCGGCAGCGGGGGCAGGAUGCCUACAGCACACACACACGUACAUACUCACAUACACACAGACGCACACGCACGCACUCAUUUGAUCGUUCAGGGUGAAGUAGGCCCUCGGAGACAUCCCGGGUGGGCUGGAGCAGCACGGCGCGGGGGAGCCGGGGCUCCGGCUGAGCCUCCGCCCGCUGGGCUCGGAGCUUUGGUGGUGAUCGCCGCUCGGGAAUGCGGGUGUGAAGGGUCCGAGCUGCCGCCCAGCGGGGAAGAGACCCCCCCAGACGCCGGAAAUCACCAUCCCGAAGCCGCGAGAAGGGUGGGGGGGAAAGAGAGCAUUCAUUCAGUUUGUGUGCCUUGUGGGGAAAAAUUUUUUUAAUCGCUAUUUUUUUAAAAAGAAACAUUUCUGUGCUACUGUCUGUCAUCAUCUCUGGGGGAAAUCAGCCAGAAUCACCGGAACGUAACUGAAACCAGACGAGAGAGGCAGGAGCCGAGGCAAUACCUGCAGCGUCCGGGCACCAGAGCCACCUUGGAACCGGAACGCGUCUCGGGCGGCCGCGGGGCUGCGGCUCCGCCAAACUUUGGGGCGGGCGGGGCGGGCUGGGGCGCCCAGGGGGCUUUGUAGACCGAGGGCCGCCCCCUAACCAUGAUGUUUCGCGACCAGGUCGGGGUGCUGGCGGGCUGGUUUAAGGGCUGGAACGAGUGCGAGCAGACUGUUGCGCUGCUGUCGCUGCUCAAGCGCGUGAGCCAGACCCAGGCCCGUUUCCUCCAGCUCUGCCUGGAGCACUCGCUGGCCGACUGCGCCGAGCUGCACGUCCUCGAAGGCGAGGCCAACAGUCCCGGAAUCAUUAACCAAUGGCAACAGGAAUCCAAGGAUAAAGUGAUUUCCCUCCUGUUAACUCACCUGCCUUUGCUGAAGCCAGGAAACCUCGACGCAAAAGUAGAGUAUAUGAAACUGCUGCCCAAAAUCCUGGCACACUCCAUUGAACACAACCAGCACAUCGAGGAGAGCCGGCAGCUGCUGUCCUAUGCUUUGAUCCACCCAGCCACUUCGUUGGAAGACCGCAGCGCUUUGGCCAUGUGGCUGAACCACUUGGAGGACCGCACGUCCACCAGCUUUGGUGGCCAGAACCGGGGCCGCUCGGACUCUGUGGAUUAUGGGCAGACACACUACUAUCACCAAAGACAGAACUCCGACGACAAGCUCAAUGGGUGGCAGAACUCUCGGGAUUCUGGGAUUUGCAUCAACGCCCCCAACUGGCAGGACAAAAGCCUGGGGUGUGAGAAUGGCCACGUGCCCCUCUACUCCUCUUCAUCCGUCCCCACCACAAUCAACACGAUUGGAACCAGCACAAGUACAAUUCUCUCAGGCCAGGCACACCACAGCCCUUUGAAACGAUCUGUGUCCCUUACCCCACCCAUGAAUGUGCCAAACCAGCCUCUAGGACAUGGAUGGAUGUCUCAUGAGGACUUACGAGCUAGAGGACCCCAGUGCCUCCCAUCCGAUCAUGCCCCCCUGUCUCCACAAAGCAGUGUAGCCUCUUCAGGAAGUGGUGGGAGUGAACACUUAGAAGAUCAGACCACUGCUCGUAACACAUUCCAAGAAGAAGGUAGUGGUAUGAAAGAUGUUCCAGCCUGGUUGAAAAGCCUCCGCUUGCACAAGUAUGCCGCGCUGUUCUCGCAGAUGACCUAUGAGGAGAUGAUGGCCCUCACUGAGUGCCAGCUGGAGGCUCAGAAUGUCACCAAAGGUGCAAGACACAAAAUUGUCAUCAGUAUUCAGAAGCUCAAAGAGAGACAGAACCUCCUGAAGUCUUUGGAAAGAGACAUCAUCGAAGGCGGCAACCUGCGCACCCCGCUCCAGGAGCUGCACCAGAUGAUCCUGACUCCCAUCAAGGCCUACAGCUCCCCGACCGCCACUCCCGAGGCUCGCCGCCGGGAGCCCCAGGCCCCACACCCGCCUUCGCUCAUGGGCCCGGAGAGCCAGAGCCCUGACUGCAAAGACAGUGCCACGGCCGCCGGAGCCACUGCCACUGCCUCAGCCGGGGCCAGCGGCGGGCUCCAGCCACACCAGCUGAGCACUUGUGAUGGGGAGCUGGCUGUCACCCCCCUGCCGGAGGGGGACCUCCCCGGGCAGUUCACACGUGUCAUGGGGAAAGUGUGCACACAGCUCUUGGUCUCCAGACCCGAUGAGGAAAAUAUAAGUUCCUAUUUACAGCUCAUAGACAAGUGUCUAAUUCAUGAGGCAUUUACAGAGACACAGAAAAAAAGAUUGUUGUCAUGGAAACAGCAGGUGCAGAAGCUCUUUCGGUCUUUCCCUCGGAAAACCCUUCUAGACAUAUCAGGAUAUCGACAGCAAAGAAAUCGUGGCUUUGGACAGUCCAACUCACUCCCAACGGCCGGCUCUGUGGGCAGUGGCAUGGGCAGACGGAACCCACGCCAGUACCAGAUCCCUGCCCGGAAUGUCCCUUCUGCCCGCCUCGGCCUCUUGGGCACCAGUGGCUUCGUCAGCUCCACGCAGCGCAACACCACAGCCAACCCCACCAUCAUGAAACAAGGAAGACAGAACCUCUGGUUCGCCAACCCCGGGGGCAGCAACAGCAUGCCAAGCCGCACCCACAGCUCAGUCCAAAGGACCCGAUCGCUGCCCGUGCACACUUCGCCACAGAACAUGCUGAUGUUCCAGCAGCCAGAAUUCCAGCUUCCCGUGACUGAACCUGAUAUCAACAACAGGCUGGAGUCCUUGUGCCUCAGUAUGACCGAGCACGCCCUGGGAGACGGGGUUGACCGGACCUCCACAAUCUAGAAGCUGAAGAUGAGAGUGACCGCGCUGGCCGUGAAAUCGACUGCUGCGGGUCCAGUGUCAGCCAUCUUCAAGGUUGCACAGAAUCCUCCAAGAUACUUUGCAGCCUUUUUUUUUCCCCUGGUCCCUCUCCCAUUUUGAUUUUGUGAGAGCGUAGGUCGUCCUUGUAAACAUUUCAGUAGACCUGGGAUUGGUUAUUUCGUCAUUUUGUUUCUGUUAUGGGAUGGCUUGUUAUGGGGCAUGGGGAGGGGUCUCUGAGCGAAACAUGGGACUGGGAGGGAAUGGAGGGAAUGCAAGUGGCCUCCUGGAUGGAAAGGUUUGGGGGGAGACUACCUGCCAUGAGAGAGACGAGAGAGACCUGGGAGGGAGGCAGAGGCCCCCGGAGCUGGGAGCCUUCUCAGAAGCCUGCCUUCACAGUCAGGGCCCCAGAGGAAGGUGUGGCUGCCUGCGACCAAAGCAAGACAGCAGCUGGCUCUUUUCUGCUUCCCCUGAUGGGAUCCCCUGAGGCCCCUGCUUGAAACCCAGCUGCAGGAGAAGUCCGCGUGGCAACGGGGGCGGGAAGGGAGAAAUUCCCUCCAACAAAAUUUCAGAUAAACUGAUUUGUGUAUUGUUUACAUACCAAUUUUAAAGGGUACAUAAUGUGUAAAGAGUUGGGAUAGAACUUUUCUUCAUACUCCGGUUUUUGUAAAGGAUUUGUUGAUAUGGAUUCAUUUUUUUUCCCUCUAUUUUUUUAUAAUAGCAGCAGGGUUGCCUUUUUAAGUGGCUGUCAAGCUCUGCUUCUCGGGAAGACGGAUACUGUCACGUAGGCCUGAGUUGCAUCUUCCACCUGUGAGAGGAAGGAGUGUGCAGGUGGAGCUGAAGGACCAGGAUGCGGCUGGAAUGGGCAGGGCACUGGGAGGGCGCCACCCUGUGAUCGAUUAUGGGAUUGUGCGCAGUCACCUGGAGAUUCUGAAAGAAUCCCUCUGCCUUUUCUGUGCUCGAUUUGCCUCUCACCCAGAGACACCUCUUCCUCCCCACCUCACCACGGGGUUUCAUCCCAUCACUCCUGGCCUCGCUAUACACACACACACACACACAGCAGGGUGUACAAGUUCCAUUGGAGGAGGAAAGGCAAGGAUGGAUAUUUUUCACUAGCAAGAGGCCUUAAUAUCUAAAAUAAUAAGCUCAAAAAGACGUUUGGGGGAAAGGGGCGGUCCUCACAGGACUCAGAGCCCAGAGGCUGCAUCCUUUUGGUUUGAUCAGUGUUGAGGAAGAGGGAGAGCAAGUUCCAGCAACGAUGUAUAAAUGGUCAGUUAGCAAGUAGCAAGGAGAGCUGCGGGGAGGCGUCCCAGGUGGGCAGUGAAAAACGUGGGAAAGUCGACUUCGGGAUGGAAACGAUGGUUCUAUCGCAUAGGUCAGGGAUUUGCUGUGUUGUCGGCUGAUUUAUCCGCCCACACAGAAGGGAGACAAAACCACUCCUUACAUGGUGAGAGAUUAACAGACUAUGCUACCACAAAGUAAUAGCUCUGUUUCUUAAGGGCAAGAAAGACUAUGUUUCAGAGUUUGAUGCAAUGGAAGGUAUUAGAGGAAAUCCAAGAGGAGCUGUGCUCUGCACUGGAAAAUUGGGUUGUGUAAAUGAUGGUGUGACAGCUCAGCCAGAGGCGAGAUUGGGGAGAUGGGAUGAGGCCUGUUUAUUGAAUGGGUGAGUCUGGUACCAUUUUUGUGUUUUUGAGCAAAGUUUAAAAAGAUCCAGCCAUGAAAAUUACUGCAUUUGCUUAUGGUUAUUUUAAAAAAUUAAGUUAAUGAAGUAAAUCCAAAUGUAAAAGCCCUUAAUGACAUCCAGACGGCUUUCUUCUACCUUCAGGAUUAAAAAUGUACACCAAACAGCCUUGGAUGUUGUGAAGCUUGUGAAGUCCUUUUAACAUCGAAAGUGUGGGAACAUCUUAGCAUUAGAGAGCCUUUAGCAAGCAAAGAAGGCUUAAAUCCACAACAUCCUGCACUGCAUUAAAAAAAGAAAAAGAGAGAGAGCACUCUCCUUGGGUGACUAUUCUAAAGAGGCAAAUCCAUGUGCAGAAAGAGGCAGCGUUUUUUAGUUAAUUUUUUUUUUUUAACCAAGUGCCAUUAACAUUCAUCCACCACACCCCUUGGCUAAGCAAGCUUAGGGUUACUUGGGGAAUGUGUUAGGAUGGACGAUCACGUGUGAGCUGGGAAGAACAGGUCAAAGAAGUUGAAGGCCAAAGGCAAGACCAUAGGGUUUGUGAAGGUGUUUUCAUGGAUGCUUAGAGCGUCAAUAGAAGAAGGAAAAAAAAGGUAUAAUACGUCUCGUGGAGAAAUGAGAAAGCAUUCAGAUCUGCUGCAGAACACAUAUAUCCAUAAAGACUUGGGUUGUUCAGAAAACAGAUUGUGAACACAAUCACAUUAGCAUGAAUCCUUUAAAAGGAAGAAGACCUUAAAGUAUUUGCAAAUCUGAAUUUCUAUUUAUUCCUUCACUGAAUAUAGAAACAAUGGUUAUCUGAUUAUUAGAGAUAUUAUUUUGGAUAUGUUAUUAACUUGCUAUGGCUGGUAACCAUGAUAAAGUCUGUUAUUAAUAACAACAAUUCUUUUUUUUAAAAAAAAGAAAAGCUUAUUUUUCAUUGACUGUGUAUAGAUUUAUCUACUUAGUUGUGUUUUGCUAUUAGCAUUUUAAUUUUUUUUUAAGUUGAGUGUUCUGAUAAAUUUUAGGAGCCUGUCCCCACUUUGUCUUGAGUCCUGUGUUGACUGCAGGUAUACAGCUCAAUCUAAAAAUCCUAAAAGCAAAAGAACUUUAUUUAUAAAACAAACAGUUGCAUGCAUAAGGCUGUGAAGUCAGAUAUUUAGUAAUAAAGCGGCAGUGCCUUUUUUUGUAUUUACCCAUUGACCCCUAAAUGCAACUGUUUUAUAUUAAGUAAAGAGUGAAAGUGAAAAAAACGCAGAGUAAAAUCUAUUUCACUACUUGGUUUCCUUUUCUUCCCCUUGUUGUGAUUUAAGCAGUGUGUAUUUGACAUCUCCACACUGUCCCAGAGACAGUGGUGUUCUACAAUAUUGUUAUCAUGUAUGAUGUUUUAUUGGUGCUUUUUAUUCAUAGUGGUUUCUUACCGGAAACAGUAGGAAGACACACAUGAACUGUGUACAAGAAAUGAAACAUUGCUGCUGAUAUGUUUUGUUUUGUUUUUUCCACAUGCUUUUUGAGUUUUUCACUUUUUAAACAAGGGCCAGCAAGCAAAACAGACGCUGCUGGGUCUGCCUGCAGAGGGCGGCUGUUUGCACCAAGCUCUCCAACCCUGGGUACUGAUGUCCCUUUUUGGUACUCGGGAUUGGAGCCGCAGCUGGGCCCCCUCUCCCUUUCAUCUGAAGAGACACUGAGGGAAACAUGGUUUUCUUUUGAGGUGUCAUUGGCUGCCUUUUAGGGACUGGGAGCCUUCUCCCAUCUUCUGUUCUUCUGCACCUCUUGUGCAAGUGUGCAGUGCCAGUGCACGGUUUGCAGAUGUGCUUCCCCCGCCUGGAACCGGGAUCUCUCCGAGAGCCUGGGCUGGGGGCUGAGCUGGGUUGAAUGCGCCAGCAGGCAACGAGGAGGGCAGCCUGGGGAGGAGGAGCAGCCCCCAUCUCGGUGGCCCUCUGCGCAUGUCCCAGGCAGGCGGCCCUGGCUCGGCCUCCGGUGCAGAGAAGCAGCCUACCCAAGGCGCUCGGGCGUGCCUGUUACAAGAAGGCCCUGCGGAAGGAUAAUUUGCACAUGGGGCUGUGAUAACACUAAUGUUGAUGUUUUGUUUCACAAGUCAUCAGAGAUGUUUGCAAAGUGAGGUUUGUUUUUUUUUUUAAUUCCUUUAUCUUUACUUAAAGGUGAAUAUGUAUUCCUCUGGGAGGAAUAGGAAGAAAACAGGAAUGUUAAUAAUGUCAAGCAGAAGACUUCCUCCCUUAUUAAUAUAUAACCCUCAUGUAUUUAUGCCUAAUGUAAGCUGACUUUUAAAAAGCUUUCUUUUGUUGCAUGCCCCGUGCAGGCAUCCCUCUUGUACAUGCAUGCCUUUCGUCCAGUUUUCCUGUAUAAAGUUAGUGAACAAAGAACUAUUUUUGCCUAGUUCAUGUUGCCAAGCAAUGCAUAUUUUUUAAAUUUGUCAUAUAUGGAAAUAGCAUGUUUGUUACAUGUAAAAGCUUUACUGAUAUACAGAUAUACUAAUGUUUGAAGAUGCUGUUCUUUGCAAGUGUACAGUUUUCAAAUGUUGUUACCAGUGAAACACCCUUGUGGUUUAAACUUGCUACAAUGUAUUUAUUACUCAUUUCCUCCCAUGUAACUAAGAAUCAUGGCUAUAUUUCAUAUCAACGUUAUAUUGAAAGUGAAGGGAAAUGAUUAAUACAAGGUUUUGUAACACUGG